AUGAAUUGGACAUCGAAAAUGGCUGAAAGUACAGAUGCUAUUGCUCAAAUCAUUGCUGAACAACCACCUCCAAAUCCCACACCAAUUAAAGGUUUUCCUUGUGAUCCACGAAUUCCUGGGCGAACUGUCAUUGUAAUGGUGGACAUUGCAAAACCAAUCGAUCCCACAAUUUCGCCUCAAAUUAAGCUCCAAGCCAUCAAGAAUUAUGUGUCGUUGAUAACGCUGCCCGAAGAGACUGUUUGGAAUACGUUUGAAAUGGGAUUAGGAGUGUUUCAUGGAAGCAAUGCAUACAUUUUGAAUAAUUGGUUGUGCAAAAAUCAAACUUGUUGGAAUGAUGCGGUGGAUGCUUUGUUUAUCAAUGAAACCUCACAAAGUCACAAUACGACAAGAGCUUAUAAUGAGAUUUGGAAACAAUAUGAAGCUUAUUCAAGAAGCUAUGCAUCGUUGUCAGCUGUUGUGGUAACGGAAAAGCUUUGGGACUCAGACAAAGAAAAUGCUAGUGCUAAGAAAGAAUUCCUGAACUCAAAAGGUGUUUUCUUGUUUGGAAUCGGACUAUCGAUGGAUUUAACGCAAUUUGAAAAUGCCAAUUUGACGUGGGAUGAUUACAUACUAGUUGAUGGGAAUUCAUUGGUGCCUGGCAGUAAGCCAGCAAUCACAACCACAAAUUUUAUCCGAGAUUCAGCGUGCGCAAAUUUUCCUGGACGAGGAAACUCAGCAACUCCACCUCCAUUCAAACCCACUCAAGCCAUCUUACACCAAAAGGAUCCUUUGCCACCACAAACUUGGCCUGAUAUUUGUAUUGUUUUAGAUACCUCUGCAGACUUUUCUGCAACUGGAUCUGCGCUGAAUGAUGAGGGAUUUGAAGUGGUGAGUCUCCAA